UCUGUGGACAGAUCAGUGCAGUCCUUCUGCGUCCUGAAUCGAAUUUCAGUAAGGCCUUUGGAGGAAGAAGAGGGAGGCCCUAACCGGGAAACGGCUUUUCCAAUGUACAGGAAGAACAGUUGGGCUCACCGGGGCUUUUACAAGAGCAACAAAUAAAGCCUGCAAAUGGAGCAGCCUUACGGUGAGGUAAACCAGCUUGGCGGCGUGUUCGUCAACGGGCGCCCGCUGCCCAACGCAGUGCGAAUCCGCAUCGUGGAGUUAGCGCAGUUGGGCAUCCGACCGUGCGACAUCAGCCGCCAGCUGCGCGUCUCUCAUGGAUGCGUGAGCAAGAUUUUGGCCCGCUACAACGAGACGGGCUCCAUUUUGCCCGGUGCUAUUGGGGGCAGCAAGCCACGAGUCACCACCCCCAACGUGGUCAAGAGCAUACGGGACUACAAGCAGUCAGAUCCAGGGAUUUUCGCCUGGGAAAUAAGGGACAGACUCUUGGCCGACGCAGUUUGUGACAAAUACAACGUCCCGUCAGUCAGCUCCAUCAGCAGGAUCUUGAGGAAUAAGAUUGGAAACCUGUCUCAGCAGGGACAGUACGAGAGCGGUAAACCUUCUCCCCCACAACUGUCCUACAGCCCCGUGUACCCGUACUCCUACCCCAACGCCGGAUCGCCCAGCAGCGCCAAGCUGGGCAGCCCUCCCGGUAUGGCUGUGACGGCGGGUCACAUGGGACUGUCCAGGGCCUGGCCUUCCGUGCAUACAGUCAGCAAUAUUUUAGGAAUACGAGCCUUCAUGGAGCCAUCAGCGAUCGCCGGUCCUGAGGGCUAUCAACCGAAAAUGGAGGAGUGGGCGAGUGUCAACAGAACACCAUUUCCCUCCAGUCAUGGUCUCAAUGGCAUUGAAAAAUCAACCCUAGAAACGGAUAUUAAAUACAACCAGUCUUCAGCUAAUCUUGCCGGAUAUGUUCCCGCGUGUGCCUACUCAGCCAGCCAAUACGGUGUCAGCGCAUGUAGUGGAGCUUCCGGUACCUAUGCCCCUCAUUGGCAGUCUCAAGCCUCAGGGGGUCUGAGCCACGCGGGCGGCGGGGCAAUGGGCCAGCACGGCCACAGCCUCCACAGCGCUAUGGCCUUUAAACGACCAACGCACGUUGGGGAAAGGAAGCUCUCUAGUCUGAGUCCAGUGGGCAAGCAACAGCACGAGGUUUUGAGCGGACCCCCAGGUCUACCCGGAGCUCCCUCCUCCUCCUAACCCCUCCACAGUCAAUUGCACUCACAUAUUCGGGAGGGGAAGCUUAAGGGCGGCAGCAGUAAGUUAUUACGGUCAUAUCAGCGGUCUGAAAUAGGCACGCGCAGACAAUUAAGAGAAAUUAAUUUAACUUUGAAAGCUGGAACUGUGGGAGUUUAUGACCACAGGUGAUUUCUGCAAUAUUUGCAGUCCAUUAGUUUUUUGUAACGUUUCCUGUCUUUUUCCGUCGCUUUUUUCUUUCAGUUGUUUGUAAAACAUGUUUCUUUUAAAUAAUGCAUAAGACCGCAACAACAAUUGUUACUGUGAAAAGUAAACAAAAUGCAACCUUGGACUUGAUUACAUCUUGAUUACAUAAAUUAAAACUUAAUUUGCUUUAAAAAUGUAAGCCUGAUAAACUACAGGCAUUUCUGGAACGUAUUAAUAAAGGAGGAACGUUGCAAAAAACGUUAUAUUUUUAUAAAUCCAACUGUGUCUAAUAAACGCAUGUUUUAAGAAACCUA